GGGCGGAGCGGGAGGUGAACGGCCGGCGGCCCUCGGCGGGGCCCGGGGCUGCGCGGGGCGGCGCGGCCGCCAGAUGGCGAUCGUCAGAUCAAUGUCAAAGCCGCCGGCCGAGGGGAGCAGCCCGGCGGAAUCUUGGCCUUUGUUCACUUCGCGGCCGCACGCUCAAUUAGCGCGAGGGACCCGGCGGAGGUCGGGCCGCGGGGCUCCGGCGUGGGCAAUGCGCGGAGCACCAAGUUGUUACGUGAAAGCCGCAGCCCCGAAUUGCGGCGGGUCGGGCGCCCGCGCCGCGCCGCGCCAUGUCGGCCCCCGGGACCCUCAGCAACUACUACGUGGACUCCUUCCUGGUGCCGGAGGGGGACGAGCUGGCGGCCCCCCGCUACGCCCCCGCGCCGCUGGGGCCGCCGCCGCGCCCGGCGCUGGCCGAGCACCCCGAGCUGACCCCCUGCAGCUUCCAGCCCAAGGCGCCCGUCUUCGGCCCCCCCUGGAGCCCCGCGCACCCCGCCGGCGCCAGCGGCGUCCCCGCCGUGUACCACCCCUACGCGCACCACCAGGCGCCCGUGGCACCGCCCGACGGCAGGUACAUGCGUUCGUGGCUCGAGCCUGUGCCGGGCUCCUUGUCCUUCCCCGGGUUACCUACCAGCAGGCAUUACGGCAUUAAACCUGAACCGCUGGCGGCCAGAAGGGGUGACUGUACCACGUUUGACACUCACACUUUGUCUCUGUCUGAUUAUGCUUGUGGUUCUCCUCCAGUUGAUAGGGAUAAGCAAAGCCACGAAGGCGCAUUCUCUGAAAACAAUGGAGAAAGUGAGGCAAACGGAGAGAAACCACACAUUGAUCCAAAUAACCCCGCUGCUAACUGGCUCCACGCGAGGUCCACCCGGAAAAAGCGCUGCCCUUACACCAAGCACCAGACGCUGGAACUGGAGAAGGAGUUUCUGUUCAAUAUGUAUCUCACCAGGGACCGCAGGUACGAGGUGGCCAGGCUCCUCAACCUCACCGAGAGACAAGUGAAAAUCUGGUUUCAGAACAGGAGGAUGAAAAUGAAGAAAAUCAACAAAGACCGAGCGAAGGACGAAUGAUAGGGAUACGGGGGUUAAACGGAAAGGAAAGGAAAAAAAAAAAGCAUAAAGUAAAACAAAACAACAAAAAAAAAAACAAACAAAAAAGCAAACAAAAAAAAUAAAAACAACAACAACAACAAAACCCUCCCCUCGAGCCCUGCCAUGCAAUGCGUCUGGGUCCAGGCCUCAUUUGCUUUCUCCAGGCAAAUUCUGAUUCCGAUUGUACCUUGCUUGUCACAGUAGCAUGGAGAGGCCAGUUGCCAGGAGAGGUACAGUAAGACUUUUCAUUUUCUAAUAGGAAAGAAAAAGGGGGCAUUAGCACGGAAACGGCUGUUGAGCUAUAGCUUGUAUAAAUCUACCUGUUUCUUCACUUAAGAAAGAAAGAAAAAGAAAAAAAAAAAGGAAAAAAAAAUAAAAAAAAAACCAGAACGACGAGCAAAAACUACCUUUUCCUAAUGCACAACUAUUUACGGACUGUAUAGUUUAGCCGACGUAGUUAAUUUUAUUCGCUCUUUGCGCGGCGGAGAGAUCUCCGCUCUAAUACUUGAACACUGUGUUUUAUUGUGGUAAUUAUGUUUGUGACUCAAUUUAUGUGCUUGGGUGCUGUACCGGAUGUAAUUGUGUAAGCUAGGAUUCAAUUUGAACUCAGGUUGUUUAUUAUAAAAAUGGCAUAGAGUAUAGCUCUGUAGCGUAUUAAGUCUUUUCUGUAUAAUUAGACAGUUAACCUUUGAUUGUAAAGUAUAUAUUAUAUAUAUAUCUAUAUCCCAAUUUAAACACACACGCAAAAGUAGAGGGGGGGGGGGGGGGGGGGGGGGGGGGGAGAAUAAAAAAGUUUGUCCGGGAUGUCUGGGAAUGACGGUUCUCAGAAGACAUGGAAACGAGUCGUUUUAGUAUGCACAGUUGAUAUAUAUAUCGUACUGUCUGUGUCAGUUGUAUAUAUGAUCUAUAUAUGAAAAAGUAACUAAGCAGACUAGCUUAACUAUUGUUUUUGCACCAGUGAGCAGUUAGCAGAUUUCGGAGCUAUACGUAUAUGUGAAAGGGUAACUACCUAUGGUUUACGUUUUAAUUUUAAUCGAAUGAUUUGAUGGUCGUUGUAAUGAAGGUUAAUUUUAUUGAUAAUAAAUUAUACGCUAUACAAACCUACAUUUGGUUAUUGUAAAUUUGUAUCGCUUAUUAAAAACAAAGGAACCAAUCGUAGUAAUAAUAAAUCCGGGAAGUGAUGCUGAUGCAGAACGUACACUGUCUAUUUUGAAAUAGUUACCUCAUGGCCUACUGACCAAAUCGUUGUGUUGAAAUGAUAUUUAACUUUUUGCCAAAUAAAAUAUAUUGAUUCUUUUCUA